UAUGUGUCAGAAGCAAGAAUCUCCCGGAACAUUUUUUUUAAACUUCCUUGACCACACAAGACAUCAGAGAGUUUCAGUCUCUGAAACAAAAUGGCUCAGUGCAGACGUUGGAACCUGCUUCCAUGGACAAUUUUAGGGACUACCAUUCUGAUAACGCUACCAGGUCUCGCUUCAGAAGUACAGGGACCUCUUGUCCUGGUACCUCCUAAUGAAGCCUUGGAGAUGUCCUCGGGAGGAGGUGCAGUUGAGACUGUUACUCCUGGAAAUUCUGUAGAAGACAGUUCAAUGACUCCAGAUUAUGGAUAUUUCCCUGAUGACUCAGAACCUGUGGAGAGAGGUUCACUGGGACCUGGGGCAAUAUCUGCCAUUGUAAUUGCUGCAGUCCUUGGAGUGUCUGUAUUGUUCAGCCUGGUCAUCAUCACCGUGAGAAAGCUUUCGGCAUCUUAGGCUCAGUAAAUGGUUAAUCAUAGACACUGAUGUUACUUACUGACUUUAAUUCCUGUUUUGUUAAUUGAACUAACCCAAUUAUUUUCAGAACAUAUUGCUUUGGAAUGAUAUUUACAUAGACUGUAAUGAUCAGAAGGGUGCAUGUGUUAUAGAUUUUGUAACAUAAAAGAUUAUUAGGUAUGGAGGAAGCUCAGCAGAAAAACACAUUGACGUGUAGAAUCCAAGUAGAAUACAAGCUUUUGAGUUCAUUAAUGUUAUUAAAUUAAGUUUUCUUUUCAGUCUUGUUGAUAACUUCUUAGUAAUUUCCUUUACUGGCUGAGCCUUUGUUGCACAAUGGCCACUCCAGUGAAGCUGGAUGAAUUAUGGACUUUGUAAUUGUUUUCAGUCUCUCAGACUUGCUUACACGGACUCAUAUAUUCAAUCAGUAUUGUUAUAGUGGAACUCUUCAUAUGUAAAGAUUACUUAAAUGCCUACAUUAUCUUCAUUUCCCGAAUCACCUCCCUGCCCUAUAAAAGAAAUAUAAUUUCGAAUUGCUACAUUGAGGAAGCAGGCCAUUUGGCCCAUUGAAUCCAUACCAACCCUCCAAAGAGCAUCCCAUCCAAACCCAUCCCAUCUCUGUAACUCUGCUUUUUCUAUUGCUAAUUCAGCUAGGCUGCUCAUACCUGGACACUGUGGGCAAUUUAGCAUGGCCAACCCACCUGCACAUCUUUGGACUGUGGGAGGAAACUGGAGCAGCCAGAGGCAACUCACACAGACACAGGGAGAAUGUGCAAACUCCACACAGACAGUCGUCUGAGGGUGAUAUUGAACCUCGGUCCCUGGCAUUGUGACGCAGCGGUGUUAAUCACCGAGCACAAUUAACACAAUACCACAAUUAGCAUUCACCAGAUUCCAUUGAUCUGAUUUUGAAGGGCUAUGCAAAAUUCAGAAGUUUGUUGAAUGCACCACCUGUGUGAUGGCAGUGGCUGUUUAUGGUGUAUCAGAAAUUGUCUCGUUUGUAAAUCUUUCCACAGUGAAGCCCUUAGUUCAGACAGGACAUGGAAGAAACUUUGAGAUGACCUGAGGUACCUCGCUGAAAUAUCAGAAGGUGGAUCACUACACGAGGUGCUCUUCCAACUGAACAUGUCUAGAAUAUCAUUGAUGAAAUGGUAGUACAUUGGAUAGUCUACUGUCAAACAAUUUCCAAAGAAACCUCACCAAAAGAGGAAAUAAAUGCCACUUUCUGGGUGCUUGUGGGUCCGCAAUAAACCAAAGUCACUGCCAUGAAUUUGUGGUUUUCCAGCCUUGUGUUGGCAAUUAAGUAAUCCACAGGAUUUGCAGCGAUUUCCUCAGAAGGGAAUGCAGGAGUGAUGGGAGGAGGAGAUCUUCAGAUUUUCUCCCUUAUUGACCCUGUUUCUUCUGCGUGUUACUUCUCUGAAGAGACGACCUGCCUGUGGAGUAGAGGUCACUUUAGUGAUGGCGAUAGGAAUGUCAAUUGUCCAGUCAGAUUGCAUCAGUCAUCAUGAGUAUAGGCAGGCUUGAUUGUCUAUUUCUGGUUUUGUAUGUUGGUAAAUAUUGUUCCAUACAGAAUGCAAGUGAGCAGUGAAAAAGCUGACUUUACACACAAUAAUUAAAUGAUGUACUUUAUAAUCGAUUACCUAUUGAGGGGUUGAAAUGUCAUCAAAUAUGAUAAUAAACCUUGAUGACUAUGAAUGCCUUUCUGUGCAGCAGCAAGUUUCUUAUGAAGGAAUUAGCCAUGCAGUAAUUUGUUUAUUUGAGUACUGUAUGUAAGGUGCAAAUUGUUUCCAACUGGAAUGGGAAGAUUGAGCAGAGCAGUCGUGUUGCUUUGGUUUAUUUGUAUAUCAUCUUUCUUUUCAUGUAACUAAAAGCUAAAUAACUACUUUUUUUUGACUGCGAUGCCAUCUUCGUACUUCAUCCUGAGUUAGCUCCAUUUUCUGCUCCUAUUCUUCCAGAUGUUCUAAACAGGUUUUGCAUUAAUAACUGAGUUGUGUCAAUGCAUUAAGUGAUCUGAUAUUGAGAUACUAUCAAUCCACUUUAAGUAUUCCUGUCCCCGAUUUACAACGUUUGAUGUCUGGAGAGAAGAGGGUUCCCAAGUUUAGGAAAUUCAAUUUUCUCGUACCGCACAGCAGUUACUGAAUUCUGUUAAUCUGCUGAUGAAGGGCUCUCUUUACAGAGAUUCAAGCAGCAUCUAUUCCCAGGUGGGAUAUGUAAUAGUUCUUCCUGUUGUCGCAUAACUGAAACUGAUUCUAGCUCAUCUGCCACAGCAUUUUAAUAUGUUGCUUUGUGGUAUUAAUCUUACUUGACCUCGCCUCUGGCUUCCAAGCUGCUUCAGGCCAACAAUCUCUCACUCCUCUCACCCACCUCUGGUUUCAGAUUUCCUUUAUAUCCUGUAAGCUUUGAUGUAGCUUGACCCCUUACUGAAUCAACUUGGUAUCCCAAUCCGGAUAUCCCAAUCUCCCAUGGCUUUGAUCUACAAUUUUGCCCACUAACCAAAUCUUCUCCCACAUAUUCAUUUCCAAUGGACAAGCCCUAUUUUUUUUGUUUAAUGUGUGUUUGUUGGGUAUCCAUGAGCUAAAUACUACAACUGCCUGUCCUUCCUAUAUUUGAAUGAGCAUUCUCUUGACAAGCUACUGAGGCAGUAAAGCCAGUCAGGAAGGAGAGGUAACCAGAUAGAAAUGUUCUGACUUGAUCUUUCAUUAUUCAUCCACUGUCUCAUGGGGAUGUUGCUGUCGGAUCCACAUUGUAAUAAUGGGGAACAUAUUUCCCUCACCAAUACCUUUACUGCAAAUUCUGGGCCAUUAACCUGUUUCAAUCAAAUUAAUUUUAACUCAACAGGAGGAAAAUCCAAAAUGAAUAAUUUGGAACAUGUUCUUAUUGGUGUGAUGUCAACUUUUUAUAUAAAUGAGGUUCAUUUAUUUUAAAAAUCUGAUUUUCAAAAGAAAUUCAUAGAAAUGCAUGAAUUAAUACAAAAAAUGGCAAUAAAUUUCAUGACAUCUGACCCUCAAGACAUCUGAAAAUACUUCACAACUGCUGAGGUACAUUUUGGGCUACAAAUGUCAAGGCCUUUCUGAGAAUCGUAGCACUUAACAGUAAGUUUUAAUCAACACAAUCGCAAGAUAUACUCAGAGAUAAUAGGAACUGCAGAUGCUGGAGAAUCUGAGACAACAAGGUGUAGAGCUGGAUGAACACAGCAGGCCAAGCAGCAUCGGAGGAGCUGGAAAGCUAAUAUUUCGGGCCUAGGCCCUUCUUCAGAAAUACUGUCAGAUUUACCUUCAUUUUCAACCUUUCCUCGCUUCUUUUCCAAUGUAGAUUUAUGAUUAUUUCACAACUGAUUCAUUCACACUAACCAGAUCAAAACCUCUCUUUACUUUGUUUGAAAAAAAUGCAAAAACUUGUGUAUCAAAUGAAAAGAAUUAAAUCUUCCUACAACUCCAAACAAACCGCGAAUGUUAGUUGUUAAAUGUUUCAAAAUUCAUGGAAUGCUGAAUUAGCUGAACACCAACUGUUUACCCCUACAUGUCUGUGAGUGGUCUGCAUGACUAUUCUACACGUGGAAAUUGUGUUGCAACCAUGUUUUGCUGUUAUUUAUUGUGUACUCUGUACAGAAGUUAACAGAUAAAGAUGUAUUUUAUGACAUAAA